UCAACGCAUCAGUUGAGCAGGAGUCAGAAGAAGAAUAGAGGACUGGAGAAAACUAAAGGAGGUCUGCUUUUUCUUCCCAUCUCUUCAGAUCAACAUGUUGUUUUCAUCUUUGCCAAGUUCCUCCCAGCAUCAGGAACCGCUCUCUGCCCGUGAGCCAUCUUCAUUUAUGUCAUCCUCCUUACAGGACCAACAGCGUUUGAUUUUUCUCCAACAACUAUGAAACAAAAAAAAGCGAAGGCUGUAGACGCCAGGUGGAUGAUUAAGAAACGUGCCUGUUCCUCCCCUCAUCUCUAACCUAUUUUUAUUCUCACAACUACUGGCUUAAACUAUCCUUUCAGAGAUGAUGUAUGAAACCUUCAGGUGCGUCUGUGGGAUGUUGUUUAUUUCUGUUGUUGCAUUAAGUGGGAGCAUCAGAGUUUAACACUGUGAAGGUGUAUCCCCAAAGACACCGUUAGGUGAGACAAACUCUUAACCCACAUGUCCUUUUUAUUUUACUGAAAGGAAUUUGAAAGAGAUCACAGUUGUUGAAGCCCAGUUUCUGUUUCUUUUCUUCUCAUUGAGUGACUCAGAAUGAAUAUCUGGCUUCUUCUUUUGUUUACACCCCUCCUAAGAUCACAGGUGAAUCCAAAGUUCUUAGAGUUAAAUGGCGAGAUGCCCAACAGCACUGAUUUAUCAGCAAACACUACAGGAGGCUCUGAAGCUUUCCCCUCAGAGCUGCCUGAGUUUGGAGAGAUACCUUCAGAGGCUCCCACAGAGGAUGACUGGUCACCAGCAGAGACUUUUUUAUACACUGGAGACCCGUCCACCAUGAGCAUGGCUCGUUGCUCUCGGGCCUAUAGCGUUAAGGGACAGACUGGAUCUCUGCCAAGUAACUUCCACAUUCCCCUUGGUCCAGCUCUGGAUGCCCUGGCUAAUACUGCCAACUUUCUCAAUAUGGUGUUCCAGGCCAGUGACCUUAGAGAGAGUACCGUGGAUGAAGACAUGGAGUGGUACCAUGCUCUAGUUCGCUCCCUUUUGGAAGCAGAUUUCCUUAUUCAGCGGGCUCUGCUCACCUUUGAUGCUGACCCUACUGCCCAAGUGCCACAGCUGGUUCUUUGUGCAACCCGCAACCCAACUGGUAAACAGCAGGGCAUCCUCCUUCAGGACUUAUCCAAGGCCUGGGACAGCCUCCACCCUCCAGCUCCUGCCCCUGAUGACAGCUGGUUUAGAAAAUUGAAAUUUCCGGAGUUCGGCCAGCCAUCUGUAGUCCUGUCCAAGCGGGUGCUCCUCAAUGACCUCAGCACCUUAGAUACACCAAAGUGGGGACAGGGUGACAGCUAUGUGACUAACCGUGCUGGGGUACAGUAUGCCAGCUCUCCGUUUCUGGAUUGUAAGGAUGGAUAUUUCAAGCCUGGUUGGGUGCUCACCCUGUCGGCCUCCUUCUAUGGCCUCAAGCCAGACCUGACACCAGAAUUCAGAGGUGUUAUUCGUGUGGAUGUGAACAUUCAGGACAUCGACUUGGAUCAGUGUGCAACAGGUGACAGCUGGUUUGCUGAUACUCACCAGUGCAAUCGCACCAGCAUGGAGUGUGUGCCUGUUCCAGGCCGAGGCUUUCGACUGGGUCAGUACUGCUGCCGCUGUAAGGAGGGAUACUACAACCCAGAAAUCCCACCUGAGAAUCCUGAUGGAGGACCUAAGAAUGGCAGCGAAAGCAGCGCUACAUGUUACCCGAACAUGCCCAUCUGUCUCCCAUGCUGGCCAGGCUGUAAGCGCUGCCAGGACAGCACCCCCUGCUGGGUGCAAGAGGACAAGCUCCUCAGGGCCGCAGUGCUGGCCCUCCAGGGGGUCUUCAUGUUCCUCGUCUUUGUCAGCAUGCUGGUGUCCUAUCAGCAUCGUCAAAACCGGAGGAUCCGGGCCUCAAGUCUCCUGCUGCUGGAAACCAUUCUGUUCGGCUCUCUGCUCCUCUACUUCCCUGUCUUCAUUCUGUACUUCAAGCCGAGUACCUUCAGAUGUAUUCUGCUGCGCUGGGUCCGAAUGCUUGGCUUCUCCAUUGUCUAUGGCACAAUUACACUGAAAAUGUACAGGGUGCUGAAAGUGUUCCUCUCACGUACAGCCCAGAGAAUGCCCUACAUUUCCAGCCUCCACCUGCUGAGGAUUCUGGGAGUCAUGCUGAUGACGGUCAGCUGGUUCCUGUGUGCGUGGACCGUGGGUGUUCUCCAGAACCGAGAUCGGAGCAUUCCGGUUUUUCUUACAGCCACCACGGCAGACGGUCAGGGCUUCAGCCUGUGUUACCUGGACCGCUGGGACUACAUGAUGGCUGUGGCUGAGCUUCUGUUCCUGUGCUGGGGCAGCUCCUUGUGGACAGCCGUCCGUCCCGUCCCCUCAGCCUUUCAUGAACCUCGCUAUAUGGGCAUCGCCAUCCACAACGAGCUUUUGCUGUCCUCCAUGUUCCACCUGUUUCGGUUCACCUUUCAGUCUCUCCAUCCAGACUGGAUGUUACUGCUGUCCUUCAUCCACACCCACGUCACCAUCACAGUCACACUCAUGCUGCUCCUUGUUCCAAAGUUUUUCUACAAGGCUAAAGCUAGAAAAGAGGAAAUAGCAGCAGAAGUGUAUGAAGAUGAACUGGAUCUUCGUCGUUCUGCCUCAUUCCUCAACAACAGCUUUUGUUCUGCUUUAAGUGAGCGCAGCAUGGAUCCAGAUGAUUUUCAGGAUGAGCUUAAGAAGUUAUAUGCACAGUUAGAGGUCCACAAAGUGAAGAAGAUGACGGCAAAUAACCCCCAUCUAUCAAAGAAGCGCAGUUCUCGAUGUGCACUGGGAAGAUCAUUAAUGAAACGCAUCACAGAGUUCCCAGAAACAGUAAGUCGGCAGUGCAGCCGUGAAGAGAGAGAUGGGUCCUUCCAUAUUAGACGUGCAAGCCACUCUGAUUCCUUAAGAUUAGCACCAGAUACUAUAAGUAUCAGUUACAGAAGUUCUAUAAAAUCCCAUUCCUCAUUCAUAUGCAAGUCCCCAAAUGAACAUCAUUAUGUGAGGGAGAGAGUCUCCUCUUUCCGUGAGUCUACUUUAAGACCCAAUUCUGUAAAGAGAUCCUCCCAGCGAUCUGAGACAGACUCUUUGGACAUUCCUCCUGGGGUUUGUAAGUCAGCCAGUGCUCAGAAUUUAACAAUUGAUACCAAUCUCUUGCAUCCUGAUCACACAAGGCUUCAUAAGUCUUGGAGCCUUAGUUCCUCUACCACCCAUUCUAUAGAAAACAUACCGAAGAUAUCUGGUGGAAGUGGAACGCAGUCAAAGCAGAGCCUUUCCAUUGGUGAUCAGACCCGAAGUGCCCUCCAGUCAGAAUCCUUUGACAAGGCUGAGGUCUGUCCUUGGGAGGUGGAGCCGGAACAAUCAGGGGAGAAGAACAAAAAGCAUGUUACAUAUGCAAGCUCAAAGGAUAGCGAAGAAAAGGAGCUACCUUCCCCACAAGCACUUGUUUGUCCCUGGGACCAUUCAUUGCCUUUUGAAAAGGCUCCUUCAGUGGAGAAAGACUCACAGGCUGACAGUGUGCCCUCUAAAACCCCAGUAACCGUGUCUGCAAGUGUACCAGGAACACCAAGACCCAAGGUGACCAAGGAUCAACGGGUCUUCUCCUUCCGCACAACCACUAAUAAGUGGCUCUCUGUGAAGUCCCUUAUGUCAUCUGUUGAUAGCAGCAAGGUCAGUAAGGAUAUACAUUUAAACAGGGAAGAUUCCCAAAGAAGUCAGGAAAGUACCUCCACAACAUCAGUGUCUGGAACAUCUAGUAGACGUCCGAGCAUGGACAAGAAAUCACUGCAGAAAUUUAGUAUGUCAACAACUGAUGGAAAGCCCUGCCUUGUGAAGCAGAACGCAGUUAGACUGUCAUCUGCGGACUCCUCUGAUAGAAGCCCACGAAGGUUCAUGAUUGUUAAAUCUGCCCACUCUCAUGCUGAUGCUGAUGAUGCACAGAGAGAGGGAAGUCACGAACACGUGUUUCUAUCACGGCAAAGCAGCAGACGUAGCAGCAUAAGUUCUCGGGAGACUAUUAGCAGCUCAAGAACUCCUUCCACUCGUCGGAGAGGUAGCAAUAGAAUCAGAACCUCCUAUAAUGUGUCCAACACAGAUGUGUGUCCUUGGGAUGGAGCUGGUUCUGCACAGCAGGGGGAAGGACCAAACGAGCAACUGAGCAUCAAAGCUAACAUCUGUUCCCAAGAAUCCCAGGUGUCAGAUUUAUCUAACGUCUGUCCAUGGGAGUCACAAGACCAAGGGAAUGUGAGGGGACCAAAGAGCAGUAGGGUUGAAACAUGCCCUUGGGAGUCACAGGAUAUUUCAGUCACUUCACAAUCUACAACAUCCAAAGAUCCUAAGUCACAAGCUUCGAAAGUAGAUGUUUGUCCCUGGGAGACAGUAGAGCCCCCCCAAAUAUCAAUAAGACAAGACAGUGAACCUGCCAAUGUUUGUCCUUGGGAUGAUCAAGACAAGGAUGAAAGUGUAUACCAAAACCUAAAUCCUUUAGGGAUCAAAGGAACAUUGAUGGUACCUUUUCAUCAAGAAGGCAUGAAAUCUGCCAUCUAUCCCAGUUCAUCCAAAGAAGUCAAAAAAGUUACCAAAACAAAAAACACAGCCCCCAAUACCUUGAAUCCAUGUGUACAACUGUUCAAAGCAACAGAGAUCUGUCCAAGGAGUUUCCCUGAUCCAUCUAAGCCCAAGGUAGAUGUUUGCCCAUUGAAAGGAGGGGGCAAAGCGUCUAUAAGCACUGACUCUGCAUUACAAGUAACAGUGAAUGCAAAUGUUUGUCCCUGGGAAGCAGGACAUCAAGACAAACAAGAUACAUCUGAAAAAACUGGUUCUAUUAAAACUGAGAGGGCUGAAAGCAGCAGAGGAAACAUUUGUCCAUGGGAGAUUGAGUCUUAUGAAAAAAAGGAAAUUUGUAAAACGUUGUCUCUGGGGCAGCAAAGCCCAGCAAGAGUUUUAACAAAGCAAAACAGUGGCAGGGCAGAUGUGUGUCCAUGGGACACAGAAGUUCCCAAAAGUCUCAAAAAGGAUAAUGUUGUUCCGGAAGUGUGUCCAUGGGAGACAGAAGAUCCUAAAAGUGUGAAAAAGGACAAUGCUGUUGCAGAAGUUUGUCCGUGGGAGACAGAAGAUCCCAAAAGUGUCAAAAAGGACAAUGUUGUUCCAGAAGUGUGUCCAUGGGAGACAGAAGAUCCUAAAAGUGUCAAAAAGGACAAUGCUGUUGCAGAAGUGUGUCCAUGGGAGAGAGAAGAUCCUAAAAGUCUUGAAAAGGACAAUGUUGUUCCAGAAGUGUGUCCAUGGGAAACAGAAGAUCCCAAAAGUCUCAAAAAGGAUAAUGUUGUUCCAGAAGUGUGUCCAUGGGAGACAGAUGAUCCCAAAAGUGUCAAAAAGGACAAUGCUGUUGCAGAAGUUUGUCCAUGGGAGACAGAAAAUCCCAGAAGUGUCAAAAAGGACAAUACUGUUGCAGAAGUGUGUCCGUGGGAGACAGAAGAUCCUAAAAGUCUCAAAAAGGACAAUGCUGUUCCGGAAGUGGGUCCAGGGGAGACAGAAGAAACUAAAGUCACAAAAAGACAAAGUAGUAGAGAAAAUUUUUGUCCAUGGGAGAAUGCAGAACCCAAUGUUGUAAAAAAGCAAGACAGCAUUAGAGAAAAUGUUUGUCCGUGGGAAACAGAAGACCCAAAUUUUCCAAAAGAGCAGGAUGGCACACUGAGCGAUCUAUGUCCAUCGGAUAUGGAUGAAUCUAACAAUAAAGAUGUUUGUCAGUCUGACGAUAAAGAACAGAGAGAUGAUGGAGAUGCAGAGGCAAAUGUUGCAGACAAGUUUUUUUCUUCCAACAGUGACCCUGAUGACUCAUACAAUCCCAGGACUCUCGCAGAAGAGGCUCCAGAAGAUAUUUCCACAGGGCAUACAGAUGAGUCUAAAGACAACUUGGCUUUGGGUCGGCGGGAUGCAUUGUGUCCGUGGGAGAUCAUCGGAGGCACAUCAGGCUCAUUUACAGAAAAUACUAUGGAUGUCUUCACGUGGGAACCUGAGAACAUUCCAGAAGAAGAUGAGGAAGAUGAUGCCGAGUGUGCUGCUGAGGCUUUUGUUUUCCCAAGUGACUUGUGAUUUAAACAUAGAUACCCUAAACCUAGACUUUCUACCAGCAGCAACUGUAGGUUGGUUUGAAUUGUGAGACUGAUUACAUACAUAUGAUGCAUUUUAGCAGUAUCAAUUAGACCCCAUGUCCAGCUGCUAGACACACACACUGGAUGGCGCUGAAAAGAACUCAUCUGUUUUCCUGCUUUUACUCUGCUCUUAUAUGAACAUUUUAUUUGGUGUCUGAAUGUUUUAAAUGAAAGGUCUUUUGUGUGCUUGUAUUAAGCCUCUUUCCAACUGAAAUUAGCGGGUUAACGCGUGUUUUUAAAACACUGGUUUUACAAAAUCUGGCCAACCAGAUUACAAUCAGCAUUUGGCUCCCUUCCCAUUGCCAAAAACAUGCUUGAUCUGACCCGCCACCACUGCGUGUCUGGUGACACCAUCACCCUGGGUUUGCGUUGGUAACCAGUGCAACAGAAAACAGGGAAGAGCAACACAGAAGGGAGCCGGGGGAUAGCAAGUGUGCUUUAUUGUUCAGCUCUUUCGUCCGUCCGAAUCCCUCUUACCACUGCUUUGGCAUUUUCAUCUAAUGCAAGCAAAGUUGGUUUGGCUUGUUAGAUCUGGCGUGAUUAGCAUUAGCAUUAGAAAUAGCAUUAGCAGGUCUGAAGUAACCGGAAAUAAAUAUUUAUCUAUUCUGGAUCUGUCAAAAUUGAUAAAAACAAUUAUUUAUAUAGGCUACUAUAUGUUUUUUAAUAAAAUUAAUACUUUUAUUCUGCAUACUCUUGACAUUCUAUGGUGGUAUUUUCUUUAUUAUUUUGAUGAAACGUAAUGACCUUUUAACCAGAUGUAAUGCCAAAUACAUCUGUGCAAAGACUCUUUGCUCUAAAGACAUUUCAUUUUGUUGACCAUUUACUGCUUCACAAUAAAAAUUGACAGAUGUCUGGAUGAUCUCUAAUUGUAGUUUAAAAACACCCUAACUUUAGGUGUUAUGUAUGUCUUUUUGAACCUGGAAAUGAACUCAGACUUUAAUGAGCUCAAUGCUAAAACACAGGGUAAGAAAUGAUAGAUUGAUUUAAUCCUUUCCUUUAGGUUAGAAAUGAGAUUUUGGUGACAUGUCUAACAUUAACGCAAAUUUAUGAGGAAGAUUAUUAAAGCAUUAAUCUAUUGUAACUUUUGUUUUUUUAAUCAGACAGACGCCAUUCGAUUGUAUUUUUUAUUUUCAUUUUUUGGAGUAUUGUUUGUGUUUUGAUUAGUAGAGAUAUCCCAAAAAACAACAAGAGAAAUGAUGAUGAAAUGUUUGUUCUAUAUCUCAAUAAAGAGCAUUAUUCAGUGUUCACUGUCAAACAGAAAAGCAUUUUGGCUACGUUAACACAGCAGGGAAAUGUGACCAAAAUCUGAUCUUUUUGCCAAUAAA